AUGCUGAAUGAAAGUAAAACAGAUGUACCAAAUACCAGCAAUAAUUCAUCAUGGUCUGAUGUACCAAGUACCAGCAAUAAUUCAUCAAGUACCAGCAAUAAUUCAUCAAGUACCAGCAAUAGUACCAGCAAUAAUUCAUCAAGUACCAGCAAUAAUUCAUCAAGUAACAGCAAUAUUUCAUCAUGGUCUAAAGUUGCAACCAGUCAUCUAAUAGAAUUACACACCAUGCAUUCUGCCAAAUUCACAAAACCCUCUAUGAAAAAGAAGGAAGUUUGGAAGAUAAUUUGUUCUGAAAUGCACAACAGGGGUCUCUCUUUCACAGUGAAUCAAUGUGAACAGAAAUGGAAAAAUCUUACAAAAGCAUAUAGAGAUUGCGUUGAUCACAACUCAAAAUCAGGCAAUGAACGGAAAGAAUGUCCAUUUUAUAAAGAACUAGAAGACUGUUAUGGGUAUGAACCGAAUGUUAAACCCGUAUUCACUCUAGGAACACGCAAGGAGGAUGAAACCGAUAACGAAGAAUCAAAGGCAGAGUCAACUUCAAGUGACUGUGAUGUGACCCCCAAAAGAAAGAAGAGUAAGCAGGCAAGUGAAAUAGUAGAAAUCUUGGAUGACAUGAGAAAAGAACACAAGGAGAUGAUGAAGACACUGAAGGAACAACAUCAGAAGAAAAUGGAAAAUGAAGAAAAAAAACUUGAAAUAAUGGCUCAGUUGGUUGAAGCCAUGAAAAAAUAG